AUGCCUCUUCGCAUCGCGCUGCUCAACUGCUUCCGCGGCGGCGCGUUUUCCGCCGUCCUCAACAUCACGUUGUUCGUGGCGGGCGUGAGCAUUCAACACAUGUUGCUGCAUGCCGUGUUCACGCCCGUCAAGAGUGCCACGGAAAUCCCCAUGCUCAUGGUCGGGUUUGGCUCGUCGGUCGUGGCGCUGUUCGCCGCAGACGUCGGAGUCGAUCUCGUCGGCAAGGUCGAGCAGGACAUCCCCAAAGACGACCCGCACAACCUGUCGGUGAUUGCCGACUUGAUUGGGGACAUGGUCGUCGACUACGUCGGGAGCAGCGCUGACGUGUUUGUUUGA